UAGGGGACGCUGGGAGGAGUAAGCCUCCCUGCUCCGUUUCCUCUGACAGCCGAGCACCUCCUCCUUCCUAAUGGGGUGUCCCAUGGGUCUCCAUGGUUGCCAGCGGUGCCCUCACUUCGUGUGCAUUUUACGUGAGGGACACUAAGGCUGGGGACAGGUCUGUCCACCAAGGUCACCAGGCCAGGCUGGGGCCAAGCGCUGGAGGUCGCCGGCUCCUCGCACCCCCGCGUCCGUGAUGGCGGCGGCGCAGGUGAGUGGACGAGGAUUCCGGCUCUGUGGUUCCUCUGGUUUUCAGAGAGGCUGAGGCCACAGUUUGCGAGUUAGUCCAUCCCUUGGUUCCCGGGAAGGGGACUGUUGAUGAGGGCGGCUCCUUCUGAAAUGUCAGCUGGCACUUGUGUGCACGUAGCCCCGCACUGCUGCUUUGAGUCCGCCCGCCCUGCGCCCUCCUCCUACCUGGCCUGUUUCUUCCGGUUCCUUGCUCUUGAGACCCAGGAGCCAGACCUCACGAAGAUGUCUUGUGCUGUGCAGCCUUGUCCUGCACUCGGCCUUGCUGGUGACGUUGCCUCUGAAUCUUUGGCCUCCCUUUAUACCCUGAUUAGAAACUGACUACUGUGCGCAUUAUCGUGCCUGUUACACUGUGUAUGGGGAGGUCUGAAGAAGUAACAUAAACUGCAAGUCCAGCGUGCCUCCUUCAAGUAGUGAGUGCCGGGUGUGUAGGCAUCUGGCAGGGAUUGUGCGCUCAGGAAAGGCACAUUGGUCUAAAAGAAGUUGUCAGGGUACCCAUGGGUUUUCCCCCACAUGGUAACUCAUGUUCUGGGUGGGUGAGAUUGUGAUUUUUUUUCUUGCCAUAAUGAAGAUUUAAUCUAGGGCCAUAAGAGUGCUAGGCAAGUGCUCCUGUACAGUUGUACAUCCCCAGCGCCUUUUAUUAAGUCACUGUCUCUUUCCUUCAACUUGUGAUCCUUUUGCCUCAGUUUCCUAAACAGCCUGGAUUCUGGGGUUGCACUGCUAAUACCAAUAGUACGAUCUUUUGCUGGAUGUUACAUCCUGUUUUCUCAGGGCAUCAUGGUCCAUUCAAGACCCUAGUUUCUCAUGGCCAUUGCUUGCUAUGCUGUCUUGGACUCUUGUUCCUUCUUCUUGAAGUAUCUUAGCCUCAGGUAUAACUCCUGGAAGGUCAGGUAGGAAAAACAGUGGUGGCUCAUUUUGAAUUUUCCACAGGCAGCUGUGAGGUCCAGAAGGCUGCAGGAGCUGAUCCAAGCCCUAGCACUUAACCAACAGAUAACACUACCUCAGAUAUCUGUUUAAUAAGAUAGAUGAUAGUGCCCUCGGAAAUAUUUUCAGAAGUGCCUGAGAUGGAUAUAGCAGUGAAACUUAUUUGGAAUGCAUCACAAUCUCAUUAACUGUGUGUUAAAUCUGCUGGUAGAGGAAUGUCAUAUAUGCAUGAGUAGAUUGCCCACCAGUGGAGCCUGGAUUCAAAUGCUGCCUCUUGUAUAAGUUUGGAUGAACUGGUAGAGCUUCCUGGACCCCUAACCUAUGGGUUUGAAAUGGAGGUGAUAGUGUUCACCUGCAGGACUGUGGUCCAUCACUUUACUUACUUACUUUUUUUCUCCCCUUUUCUUUCUUUCUUUCUUUCUUUCUUUCUUGCUUGCUUGCUUGCUUGCUUUCUUGCUUUCUUUCCCUUCUUUCCCUUCUUUGAGACAGGGUCUCACUGUGUAGUUUUGGCUGGCCUUGAGUUAACUGCGUAGCCUAGGCUGGUCUCAAACUUGUGGUGAUCUCCUGCCUCAGCCUCACAAAUAUAAGAUUACAGGUGUGUGCACCAUGCACAGCCUCCUCCUUGCCACUAUGUUUCUUUUACAAGCACCUUUUCUUUAAUUUUUAUGAGUGCUCAUGGUGAGUCAAAAUUUUAUUUUUACUUAUUUUAUUGACCUGAGAUUAGAGAUUCAGACAAAGAAAGGUCCCAUAUUCACACAGUAAGUAGCUGUUGAUUUCUGAAGUUUGUUUUUAACCCUAGGAUUUGGCUUCCGAGCUGUUGCCUUCUAGUCCCUUAGCUGUGGCACAGAAAGUCCUCAUCAGGAGCCAGGCACAGCGAGGACCAGUUCAGGCGCUAUUCUUUUCACUGCUGUAUUAUUUUUGUUAUUUUUUACUUCCUAUUCCUCGUAUCUCUGAGCACUUGCUAUGUGUAGCCUAUAAUCCACUCGAAACUGUCCUAAACUUGUUUCAGACUGCAGUGUCUUCCUGCCUAUGAAACUUCUGUGGUGUACACUGCUGUAAUCUAUCCAGGCAGCACCCUUCUUACACUGGAGCACAGCACAGGGCUCAGCCCUCUUGGGGUGCUUGGUGAUCUGGUCCUUGGGUGUCCAUGUCUUUCACUGUGCUCAAGUCACAGUCUCAUCCUGUCCAAGGCAGAUUCUGCUUCCUGUAUUUGACUUUCCAGGUGGCUGUCACCUUUGAAGAUGUGGCUGUGAGAUUCACUGAGGAGGAAUGGGUGCAGCUGGACAUUUCCAAGAGGACAUUAUACUGGGAGGUGAUGCUGGAGACCUGUGGGCUUCUGAUCGCUGUGGGCUGUCCUUUGUCCAAGUCAGAGCUGAUUCACCAGUUGGAGCACAGACACACAUUAAGGAAAACAACAAAUGGCCUCUCCCAAAGGAUCCAUCCAGGUAACAGCGCAGAACUUAACAGCAUGAAGCUCAGUCCUGCUUACCAGGCCCGACCCAAGGGAGCCUUGCUCCAGGACCGUCAGACAGAAAAAGCCUAUGGGGACUCCCUGUUGGAGCUGCCCCAGGGUCAGGACAGGCCCUGCAAAGUACAGGAAGGACUCCUGAGACCAGAGAUGGAGGCCUCGAGGGAGAAGCUUCCUGGAACUAGGAGCCCUGGAGGUGAUGGCACGGGGUCAACUGACAGUGUGUGUUCGGGGACUGUGCUUGGCAACGUCUCUCCACCCUCAGUUUCCUGUAUCUGUGACUCCCGUGGGUCAGCUGCAGAUCACUUGGUCCAUGAAGGAAAAAAUCCCUUCAAAUGCAAGGAAUGUGGGAAAGUGUUUCAGAAGGAACGCUUACUCCUUCAACAUAAGUUGAUUCACACGGGUGUGAAGCGCUACGAAUGUACAGAAUGUGGGAAGUCCUUCCGCAAGAGCACUCACCUCCUCCAGCACCACAUUGUCCACACCAGGGAGAGGCCCUAUAUGUGCUUGGAGUGUGGCAAGGCCUUCAGCCGAAAGUCCUAUCUCACCCAGCACCAGCGCACACACAGUGGAGAGAAGCCUUACAAGUGCACUGAGUGUGGCCAGGCCUUUGCCCACCGGUCCACAUUUGUCUUGCAUAACCGAAUGCACACUGGCGAGAAACCCUUUGUGUGCAAAGAGUGUGGCAAAGCCUUUCGAGAUAGACGAGCUUUCAAUCGUCACAAGAUCUUCCACACAGGAGAGAAGCCCUAUCAGUGCUCAGAGUGUGGCAAGGCCUUCAACCAGCGGUCGUACCUCACGUGGCACCAGCAGACUCACAAGGGAGUGAAGCCCUUCCAGUGCAAUGAGUGUGGGAGAGGAUUUUGUGAGAUUGCAGGACUCAUUCAUCACUAUGUCAUCCAUACUGGGGAGAAGCCCUAUAAGUGUGUGGAGUGUGGGAAAGCCUUCCUACGUGAACCACACCUCAGGCAGCACCAGCGCAUCCACACUGGGGAGAAACCUUAUGUGUGCAGUGAGUGUGGAAAGGCCUUCGCUCACUAUUCCACUUUGACCUUGCACCGAAGGGCCCACACUGGAGAAAAACCCUUUGAGUGCAAAGAGUGUGGGAAAGCCUUCACCAAUCGGAAAGACCUCAUCCGCCACGUUAGCAUCCACACAGGAGAGAAGCCAUAUGAGUGCAUGGAGUGUGGGAAGGCCUUCAACCGCCGGUCACACCUGAUAAGGCACCAUCGGAUUCACAAUGAGGAGAAGCCCUACAAAUGUAUGGAGUGUGGGAAAACCUUUUCACGAAGCACAAACCUCAUUCAGCACUCCAACAUCCACACUGGAGAUAAGCCCUAUAAAUGUAGUGAAUGUGGAAAGGCCUUCAGCCUCAGCUCCUCCCUCAGGUACCAUCAAAGGAUGCACACGGGGAAAAACUCAACCAGCGUCAGAAAUGAGGGAAAAUCUUUCCCAAAUGUGCAAGCCUCCGUCAACAUUGAAGGGCUCAUAUUAGGGAAAGAUUUUCUUCAUGUAACCACAGAGGAACAUGAGUGUUCAAGGGAAUCAUCUAUCAGAGCCUCUGAUCAUUCAUACCACAGAGAAACUGGGUUAGCCUCAUCUCUAUAAAAAUAUAAAUAAUCAUUUGUUGUCUAAAGAGUCAUAUUUGAAAAUGACUCAGUCUGCAGUCUUCUAGUCUUCUACAUCACCUAUGAGAAUUCAGUGGCCACUCUUAGGAAAAGGCCUCAGUCACCUAUUUCUCGUAUAUGCUGAAAUGUUACCUUAAGGGUAUUUUUGUAUGCUUGUUUGUGGUACUAGGGGAUGGAACCCAGUGCCUGUGCACUAAACUCCAUCCCACCCCAUCACUUCCUAGUUAUAGUUUAUAGGUGUGGCUGGUUAUAGGUGUAUGGCUCCUUCUAAAAGUUUUCUACUUUACCUCUUCCAUUUGACACUGGUCUAUAUGAAAGUGAUUUUUGUAUUAUGCAAGGCUUACAUUGAAUUAAUUUCUUUUGUUGUUGAGGAAUACAUACAUUGCUUGUGUAAUGACAGACUUCCAUUCCUGCACCUAGGUCAUUAAAUUAACUGGUCACUAAAUGAAGAAUUGUACACAGUAGGUGUAAUGUCAAAGGAAACUCCAGGUAGAUGAUUUUGCUUUUAUUUGUAUACCUUUCACAUGUGGUACUAUAAUGUGUGACAGCAUAAAAUACAGUACUCACAGUAUAAUCAGCAAAAGUUACCAUAAUGUAUAAACAAGAUAUAUUGUACCAAAAAAGAUACUGGGGUUCUAUAAACAAGAACUAUACCCCUACCCCACAAAAGAAGGACGGGUAAGUGCAAACAGUCUGAACAUCCAUUUAACACAUGGGUCAUUAAAUGAGGAGUAUCUAUAUUCAUUUGUCCCAGCACCAUUUAUUCUAAAGACUGUCCUGACUCUUGAAUUAUUUUUGUCUUAGUCAUAAAUUAACUGAGCAUAUUCACUCUUGUCUGUUUCUAUGUUCUUUGGUAAUAAUCUGGUUUUGUAGAUUGUUUUACUGGCAGAGGCCAAACCUCUGUCAGUACCAUUCUCUUUCUUUCCUCUCUCUCUCUGUCUCUCUCUGUCUCUCUCUGUCUCUCUCACUCUCUCUCACUGUCUCUCUGUCUCUCUGUCUCUGUCUCUGUCUCUGUCUCUGUCUCUUGCUGUUUUGAGACAGGGUCUCACUAUGUAGUCCAGACUGGCCUUGGACGUGCUCUGUAUCCCAAGCUGGCCACAUCCUCAGGGCAUUCCUUCUGCUACACCCUCCUGAGUACUGAAGCUAUAGGUAUCUUGUUUUAUGAUAGCUAUCUACUAAAUUUUAAACAUAAAUUGAUUUUAUUAUUUUUGCUCUGGUAAACGUUGUAGAUUUACGUAUCAGUUUUAUUGAGGUGACUUUAAAUUUGUGUAUUUAGGAAGCAUCUUGCUGGUUUUUUGUUUGUUUGGUACUGGGAAUUGAACUCAUGACCUCGCACUUACCUGGCAGGCACUUAAUGCUGCUGAGCUAAACCCCCUGCCCUUUGUUAUUUUUGUAGAAAUUGCCUUAAAAGUGUUUAGAUUAUUCUGGUGAUAACAUGUUUUGUAUGUUGAUCCUUCUAGUCAAUGAAUGUGGUUUUUUCUUUAAAUGCCCUAUAAUUUAUUUCAUAAAUAUUUUGUAAUUUUCAGGUAAUCCUGGAUACAUUUUAUUUUAUUUUUUCUUUUUUUUAGGGGGUAAGUGUGAUACUGGGACUGAACCCCAAGUUUAGGCAUGGUAGAUCGAUGCUUUACCACUGAGCUAUUCCUAAGCCAUUUCCUUAAUUCUUAAGGAAUUUAAUCCUUAAUUCUUAAAUACUGAGACAAGAUCUUGCUACAUUGUCCAGGUUGGCCUAGAACUUGCAACCCUCCUCCAGCUUCAGUAUUCAGCAUAGCUGGGAUUACAGGGGCAUCCCACCAAUUUCAUUGUUGACAUCUUCUGUGGGACCAUUUUCUGUGACAUCAACGGAUUCUUUUUCUUUUUUCAAGACGUGGGGCCUCUGUGUUGCCCAUGCUGGGCUCUAACUCCCAGGCUCAGGUGAUCUUCCUGCCUUAGCCUCCUGCUAGCUUGGAUGAUAAAUGCUGUUGUAUCCAGGUUCAUUCUAAAUUUUUAAUAUCUUUCGUAUGAUCAUUGGCAUUAGAGGGAAGUACACUUAUUUUUUAGGAUGAUGACCUCGAAUCAGACCUUGCAUAGCUCAGUGACUAGUUCUGUAACUGUACUAGUAAUUUUCAUACAUUGCUGAAGAUUCUUUUAAUAAAAUGGCAAACAAUUUGGCAAACGGG